CUGUGUCGCACGUCCUCAGUCGCAAAGCGGCCGCGACGCGCGCCACCCGCUUCGCACUACGCGCGCAUAUUAUGACAGUGACGUGAUGGAACCCAAAGAGUUCGGUGCGGUUCCCGGCUUACCGGCCGGCCUGGACUAUUUUAUGAUGCCUCGAAUGAGCCAACCUGCACCGCAGUUUGAUUUCCGUAAGCUCGGCGCCAGCUUCAGCAGCCGGGACGAUGACAAGAUCGACGAUUGCCGGUCGCCCGAGUACGUGUCGGACAGGCGCGACCCGCCGCCGGCCCCAUGGCCCCUCGGCCUCGGCGUCCAGUUCGUCAACCCCGCGACUGGCAAGAAGAGAGUUCAGUGCAACGUCUGCCUCAAGACUUUCUGCGACAAAGGCGCGCUCAAAAUUCAUUUUUCGGCGGUGCACCUGCGAGAGAUGCACAAGUGUACAGUGGAAGGAUGCACCAUGAUGUUCAGUUCACGGCGGUCGAGGAAUCGCCACAGUGCUAACCCAAAUCCAAAGUUGCAUUCGCCCCACGUGCGUCGUAAAAUCUCAGCUCACGACGGGCGCUCUGCACAACCGUUCCCGUUGCUGCCUGCGCUGGCGCGGCUGCCCAUUCCUCCGCCCGGCCUGCUGCCUCCGGAACUAGCGGCUCGUCUGCCGCCUCCACUGACCGGGCCUUCGGGACCAACACCUCUUCCUCCGCGUGUGCCUCUUGACGAUCUUCGUAACUUCAGUGAAAUUGAAAAAAUGUACAGAAAACUUCCUCAUCCAGAAGAGCAUUCGCGUAGUGCACUCGAUCUCGUCAAACCUCAUAUUAUGCACGAAGAAGAGUCUAAUAACUAUAGUGAAAUAAAUGAUGAUGUUUCUGAUGAUGAGCAAAAGGAUAAGUCUGAUGAACGGACUGAAACUCUAGCUGCCGAAAGGCUGCAUUAUGAAGACGAGCCUGAAGAUUUAAGUGUGAAUAGAAACAAAGACGAUACCAAACCCGUUGUUGUGAAACCUGAUAGUGUAAACAGCCGCGCUGACCCCACCGUUUCAGACGAUAAGACGUCGUCCCUCGUUCCUAACAAACGUAAAAGGAAAAGUGGCAAUCCUACUCGGUGUUCACAAAGCAACGAAUAUAUUGUGUCCGACGAAGAAUACAACGCCGAUUUAUUUAGAAACCUGUCAACGCCGUCCUCGAGCCGUGCUGAAGAGGAGCCUUUAUCACUCAAGAAACAAAAGCCUGAAAACAAGGAGCCAUUUCAGAACGGCGAGGAAGCUACUGUGGACUCGGAAUCGGUGACGCGCGUUAAGGCUGAAAGUGAAUCGGACGAUGAGUCAAGUGCUCCAAGCGUUGUACGUGAAGGCUUGAGAUUGCGUUCCGAUCUGUACACCCCUAGUGACAGCGGGAGUGACUUACAUACUCUAGAGGAGCGCUUAGCGAGAGCGAGAUCACCGUCCGCCAGCAGUGACAGAACCGAUGACAGGUCAGACAUCAAUGAUCUAGAAAUCCCAAUAGAUGAUGAGAACCCAGACAGAUGCACAGCUUGCGGAAAAGUAUUUCAAAACCAUUUCACGCUGCGUAUGCAUUACAGAAACGACCAUUUAAAAUUACUUCACCCAUGCGAAGUAAAUGGUUGUGAUGCGGCCUUUCCUUCGCGGCGUAGUCGAGACAGACACAGCUCGAACGUUGACCUCCAUCGUCGACUGUUGUCCACCAGUUCGCCAGACAGCCGGGAACAGCGCCCAGCAUUCGAAGUAAACGCAGAACUCUUAAAUAAAUUAUACGCCGAUAUCAAAGGGCUUGCAUCUACUCUGGAAAGCUUACGAUACGGUGGCAACGAGGAAGCGAGUCAGCUUCCCAGUUACGUGUCUGAAACUAUGAAAUUCUACAGUCGGAAUCUGUCUGCGCUGCAGGCAGGAUUGUUUCCACAAUUUGGCGAGCGGGGGUUUUUCCCGUCUCCUUUUCUGAUGGGUAACGGGGCCCCGCAGGCUGGCGGCGGGCCGUACGGCGCUCCCGCUGGCGCUCAGUCAGCGCGGGAGUCCCUGUCGCCGCUGUCGGCGUCGUCGCCGCCGGUCAUCUCGCCCGGCAGGCUGGACGCAGCGCACGCUCGCCCGCGGGACGACGCCAACCUGCUUUUUCGCGAGACCUCCGAGUCGUUCAAGAAGAUGACCUCCCUGUGUGAGCGCCAGGAGCAGCUGUACCAGCACCACGUCCCGGUGUCAUGACGCAGCCGCCACCCGCGCUCGCCUUGGUGAUACCUCACGUCUUGAAGCGACACAGACUUUGUAUAUUUAAUUGUUAAUAAUUUUAAUUGUGUUAAUUCUAUUUCGUAUUUCGUUUUUGUAUUUUCUUGUGAUAUUUAGACAAAUAUAUCGUAAUUAUCGAUCCCACGAACUGUAAGUUAAUAGGGAUAGCAGCUUGGGUGUUGAGUUGGCGUUUGUGAAGCGAAGUGCAAUACGGACUCGAAUAUUAUAAAUAUUAAUGGACUUGGCGUACGACAUGAUAUCGUGUAGAGUAUUCGUAAUUGAUGUUGAAAGUAAACGUUAUAAUGAUCAGCUUCAUUUAUUGUUCUGGCGCAAUAAACUCAUUGAGGAAAAAAUGUA